ACAAGAAACCGGGCCCCAGAAAGGCCCUCGGAUGAGAGCUGUGGGAAGGUCUCACCUGGUUCUGUUUGUCCCAUCUAGUUUCAGAAGAAUCGGCAUGACCAGGAUGCCACCAAACACAAGCUCAUGGAGAUCGCCAACUAUGUUGAUAAGUUUUACCGAUCCCUGAACAUCCGGAUUGCCCUCGUGGGCUUGGAGGUGUGGACGCAUGGAGAUAAGUGUGAAGUUUCAGAAAACCCGUACUCAACCCUUUGGUCCUUUCUUAGUUGGAGGCGAAAGCUGCUUGCCCAGAAGAGCCACGACAAUGCGCAGCUAAUCACGGGCAGGUCCUUUCAAGGGACCACCAUUGGCCUGGCCCCUCUCAUGGCUAUGUGCUCUGUGUACCAGUCUGGAGGUGUCAGCAUGGACCACUCUGAGAAUGCCAUUGGCGUGGCUUCCACUGUGGCCCAUGAGAUUGGCCACAACUUUGGCAUGAGCCAUGAUUCUGCACAUUGCUGUUCUGCCAGCGCAGCCGAUGGCGGGUGCAUCAUGGCAGCUGCCACUGGGCACCCUUUCCCCAGAGUGUUCAGUUGGUGCAACAGGAGGGAACUGGACAGGUAUCUGCAGUCUGGAGGUGGGAUGUGCCUCUCUAACAUGCCAGACACCAGGACGCUGUAUGGAGGCCGGAGGUGUGGCAACGGGUACCUGGAAGAUGGGGAAGAAUGUGACUGUGGGGAGGAAGAGGAAUGUAAAAACCCUUGCUGCAAUGCCUCUAACUGCACUCUGAAGGAAGGGGCCGAGUGUGCCCAUGGUUCCUGCUGUCACCAGUGUAAGCUGGUGGCUCCUGGAACCCCGUGCCGCGAGCAGGUGCGACAGUGUGACCUUCCCGAGUUCUGUACCGGCAAGUCGCCCCACUGCCCCACCAAUUUUUACCAGAUGGAUGGCACCCCCUGCGAGGGUGGCCAGGCCUACUGCUACAACGGCAUGUGCCUCACUUACCAGGAACAGUGCCAGCAGCUGUGGGGACCUGGAGCCCGGCCUGCCCUCGAUCUCUGCUUUGAGCGGGUGAAUGCAGCUGGAGACACCUAUGGGAACUGUGGCAAGGGCCUGAAUGGCAAAUACAGGAAGUGCAGCCCCAGGGAUGCCAAGUGUGGGAAGAUCCAGUGUCAGAGCACCCAGGCCCGGCCCCUGGAAUCCAACGCGGUCUCCAUUGACACCACCAUCACCUUGAAUGGGAGGCGCAUCCACUGUCGGGGUACCCAUGUCUACCGGGGUCCCGAGGAGGAGGAAGGGGAAGGUGACAUGCUGGACCCAGGCCUGGUGAUGACUGGGACCAAGUGUGGUCACAACCAUAUUUGCUUCGAGGGGCAGUGCAGGAACACCUCCUUCUUCGAGACCGAGGGCUGUGGGAAAAAGUGCAACGGUCACGGGGUCUGCAACAACAACCAGAACUGUCAUUGCUUCCAUGGCUGGGCUCCACCUUUCUGUAACACCCCAGGAGAUGGCGGCAGCAUUGACAGUGGUCCUUUACCCCCCAAGAGCGUGGGUCCCGUGAUAGCUGGGGUGUUUUCGGCCCUCUUCCUGCUCGCUGUCCUCUUGCUGUUGUUCCACUGCUACAGACAGAGCCACAAACUGGGCAAGCCCUCGGCCCUCCCCUUCAAGCUGCGGCAGCAGUUCAGCUGUCCCUUCAGGGUGUCUCAGAGUGGUGGAACUGGCCAUGCCAACCCAACCUUCAAGUUGCAGACGCCCCAGGGCAAGCGAAAGGUGACCAACACCCCUGAAACUCUCCGGAAGCCCUCCCACCCUCCUCCCCGGCCCCCUCCAGACUACGUGCACGUUGAAUCCCCACCUGCUCCGUUACCAGCACAUCUGAACAGGGCUGCCAGGAGCUCCCCAGAGACUGGGGCUCAGGUAGAAAGGAAGGAGUCAGCCAGGAGGCCUCCCCCAAGCCGGCCCAUGCCCCCUGCACCGAACUGCCUACUGUCCCAGGAUUUCUCCAGACCUCGGCCACCCCAGAAGGCACUCCCAGCGAACCCUGUGCCAGGCCACAGGACCGUUCCCAGGCCAGGAGGCACCUCCCUGCUGCAGCCACCUACUGCUGGUUCUCAGCCUCCCCGGCCUCCCACAGUAUCUCUUCCAAAGCUUCCUGAGUACAGAUCACAGAGGGCCAGAGGGAUAACUAGCUCCAAGAUCUAGAACUGUCUAGAAGUUUCUUGUUUCCCUUGAAGACUCUGGAUGCCAUAGAAGGUCCAGAGGAAAGAAGACUGCUCGGCGGCCCUGAAGCCUCUCCAGCCUUCUGGAACCCCCUCAUCUCCAGAAUCUCCCUUCUUGCCCCAGUGCCUCCUGUUUCCUCUGAGGCCCAGAGGGACUUCUAUCCGAUGGCUUCUAAGUGUUGUCCUGUGCAAUAUACAGCCCUGGCAGGAAAGGGGAGCAGAUGGAGGAAGAUGGGGAAGAUUCUCCCUCAGCCCCCUAGCCAAGAGCUACCAAUGAUGGUCAGGGAAGUCUUGAGCUGGUGGUUGGCGGGCGGGCAGAGGGAGGGGGUCCUCUUUCUGUGCCGAGCUUGGAGAAGGCAUCCACCCGGGUCCCAUGCUUCUGUUGACUGGCCUGCCUCUGGGAUCCCCGGCUACAGAGAGGCUGGGCCUUACCUGUCCCUUAGCUUUUAGGGACUGUGGAGGCCGCUGUUGCAUCCCUGCCCCGGGACUUGGUCAAGGUGCCUCUUUCUGGUUAUAUGGCUGCAUGUGACAAGCCAUGCUCCCCUCCCUGCCACCCCUCACAUGCUCAUUCCCAUAUUUACACGGGUCACUCUCUGACUCAGACAGGUACUAUUUGUAGGCAAUGUAGACAGCAGUGGGGAGUGGUCAGCCUGUGUCCCCUCUGAGCCGUGAUGCCAAAGGUUGCUAGAAUCUCCAGUUGUACAUGCCCAUUGUUCCAUGUGUCCCCUUCUCCUCCUCUUCCAACCUCCCUAUCCUAUGGUGCUUUGGUGGUGAACCACAGCAAUCCUGACUUGCUGGUGACCAUAUGCUUGUGACCGACAAAUCAGGAUCCUGCCUCACGGGUAGGCACUGGACUUCCUGCACUGGAUCUCGAGAGCAUUGAGCAGAGUGGGCUUGGGGCGGAGAGAGAGCGAGAGAGAGAGAGAGAGAGAGAGAGAGAGAGAGAGAGAGAGAGAGAGAGAGAGAGAGAGAGAGAGAGAGAGAGAGAGAGAGAGAGAGAGAGAAAAGAGAGUGUGUGAAUCAGCUCUUGCAUGUAAUUGUGGUUUUUUGGCCUCAAGCAGGAUAAGGGGCCCCCUCCUUAUUUCUGAUCUAUAUCCUAGGUGAAGUUCUCCAGGGCAGACACAGGUAUACUAAGGGGACAGAUAUGUUUGGAACCCCAGUUAUUAGGAAAGGACACACAGGGGCACCAGCUCCUCCCUAGUGGUUAGCUCUGAGGUGGGAUUGUUGACUCUGAACAGGUAGUUGACCUCUUUGGAAACUGUCAACAGUUAUGGUGAACCCGAUCUGGGCAGGGGCUUCCCAGAUUCUCUUUAACCAGGGUUUUAUGCAUGUCCAUUGGUUCUCUUCUGGUUACUGCCUAUAUGUGAUCCUCAUGGAAAGAGCUCUGGAAAGGUGGGGAUGGGACUAGGGCGGACGCCAUCUUGCCUGGAGCUCAGAAGGACGUCUUGGUGCUCUGCUAGUAAGGGCAGUUCCUACACAUUUGCUGGCCUUGGCCUCUGAGAGGCCAUCUUCCAUCCCCCAAAAGGUGCUGGAUAGCACUCCUAAAGGUCCGCUAGGGGCCUUCCUGCCACCGCAUUAAGCAGUUGUUAGCUCUUGGAAACCUCCCUGAGGAGGAGGCAAGAUGUUGACUCCCCUUUUCCACCUCAGAGCCUCCUUAUAGCAUUCACAGAGUAAGCUCUGGACUCGUGCUCUUGGAAUUGUGGGAAAUGUGGGGUGCAUGGCUAGGGGUAGAAAGAGCUCAGGAAAACACCUUUCUCCUCAGGGUGACCGUGCUGUUCACACCCUGACUCCCUGAAGGCCACUGGGCCUAGGUGUCCAUUUUCCGCCAUCUGACAGCCUUCCAUUAAGUGCCACACCAAAUGACUACAGGUGGGGUCCUCAAAACACCCUGACUCUUGCCCCAAAGUUAGAAACACCAUUUCCUUUAAACCCAACCCUGUACCUCCUAGAUUUUCUCCCUCAGCUCAGGAGGCGGGAGGCUCUGAGUGACGACAGUACCACAGCAACAGUCACAACAUGAGCCUUCUCAACCUCAAGCCUUCUGUCCCUUGAGCCACACCAGAACAAAGACCCAUUUCCUUGCA